UUCGAGGGCUGCCCAAGAGAGACCUUUGAGACAUCGUGGGCUUCCCCUCAGGCGAGCCGCCUCUCCCCGCGGCGAAAUCCCGCCCAGAAAAAGGCGACCCGUUGGGACUCGCUGCUUCAAGACGGCCGGGCGAAACGAAAGGAGAAGCGGAGGAGCUCGGCGGCGAAGAGGAGGCUGGCUGGCUGGCCUCGCGGAUACGACGAGAGAAACCGGGGCGUGAUUUCGCUUGGGUCGGUUUGUGAGUUAAGAGAAAGAGAGGCGCGGGGGAGAAGGGCCGGAAGGUGCUGCGAGGGAAGAAGACCCGUUUCCAGCGGCGGCGGAGGCGGCGAGGAGGCGAGGAAGGAGGAUGGGGGCCGCCCGGCUGCUCCGGGCCGCCCUUUGGGGCCUGCUCCUCCCGCUGGUCAGCGCCAGGCAAGGAAUCGUGCAUGCAAUUCAGAUCGAUAAUCCUCAGUUAACAAAGGACUACUGCAUAUAUUAUAACUCUGAGUGGACCUACCUUCCUAGUGCGUUAAAGAACGUUACAUAUACGAGACUGGAGAUCUUGACCCCCAAAUUGCUUUGCAGUCCCUCGGAUGCCACUCGUGAAAUUGUCAAGGACAAAGCAAUCGUCGUGUCAAGAGGAAACUGCACUUUUGUAGAAAAGGCAGAGAUCGCUCAGAAACUCGGUGCGAAAAUGCUGCUCAUCGCCAGUGAAACUAGCAUAGAUACUCCUUACGGUAACAAGACUGCAAACAUCACCAUCCCAAUUACACUUGUAAGAAAUGAAGAUAUAAUUAAUUUGAAAGAGGAUCUUGGAAAUAAUGUGAACGUGACAUUAUAUUCACCACCUCCCCCAAAAUUUGACUUCAGCAUGGUGGUUAUCUUUCUAAUUGCUGUGAUCUCUGUAGCAUUGGGAGGCUACUGGAGUGGCAUGGCAGAGCUUGAGAGUCUGAAACGGUCUUCAAAUGAUGGAAACAGCGACUCGUCAGACAGUGAAGAAAACGUGGUUUUAACUCCUAUGACCGCUGUUUUCUUUGUUGCCAUCUGUUGUGUUAUGCUAGUCUUGAUGUACUACUUCUACAAAUAUCUAGUGUAUGCUGUCAUCACAAUUUUCUGCCUCGCAUCUGCAUCAAGCUUGUUCAACUGUCUUCAUGCCAUAGUUAGAAAAAUACCUUAUGGGCAAUGCAGGUUUCCAUGCUGGGACAGAUGCCUCGAAGUGAGAAUCUUUUUUCUCGCUCUAAUAUGCAUAACGACAUCUGUUGUUUGGGCAGUGUUUCGGAAUGAAAAUAGCUGGGUAUGGAUUUUGCAAGAUAUCCUGGGAAUUGCUUUCUGCGUGAACUUUAUUAAAACACUCAAAUUGCCCAACUUUAAGUCAUGUGUUAUUCUCCUUGGUCUCCUUCUUGUAUAUGAUGUAUUUUUCGUCUUCAUCACACCAUACCUUACAAAAAGUGGAGAAAGUAUCAUGGUUGAAGUGGCAACAGGUCCUACAGAUAGUGGUGAAAAGAAUGAUGGAAGCUUGGUGGAAGCCUCUGCUGGGCGGUCAGCUCCUCAUGAGAAAUUGCCAGUGGUAAUCAGAGUGCCAAGGCUGGCAUUCUCUGCACUGACGUUAUGUUCAAGACCAUUUUCAUUACUUGGGUACGGUGACAUUGCUUUACCAGGUCUCCUGGUGGCCUAUUGUCACAGGUUUGAUGUUCAGACAAGCUCUUCCUCUGUGUAUUUCAUUUCUUCCACGAUAGCUUACGCUAUUGGCAUGUUGGUAACAUUCGCGGGCCUGACGCUAAUGCAGAUGGCACAACCAGCCCUUCUCUAUUUAGUGCCGUGCACACUACUUAUGUGCACGUUAGUUGCUUUGUAUCGCAAAGAGAUGAAAAAGUUCUGGAAUGGCAACAGCUACCAGGUGAUGGAUCCCAUGGAUUUCACUACAAAUGAAGAAAACUCGACGAGAGCCAACGAACAACGUGAAAGACAGUAACAGGGCACCUAAAAUAAUGUAUUAAGAUUUUCUAGUCAAAUAUAAUAAGAGACUGGUCUAAUUUUUAAAUUGGAAUAUUUCUUACAAUUUAUUAUGAAAAGAAUUGCCUUUUUUUACACUUGCACAUAUAUUUUUGUGAAACGUUUACUGUUGAUGAUGCUAUCACAUAAAGCUCUUCUUUUUUAAAGUGCCAAACUAGAUUCAAUAAACCCUGUGCCUUGUUUACUUCAAAAGGUAAAACAGAUGAAGCCUAUGAAACAGAUAGUAUUUUUUUACAUAUUGUCCAACUUGCUGCUGUGUACAAGACUCUCUGACUUAAUAUUUCUUAAAAGGUGUCUAGCUGCGGAGUGGCAGAAUCUAGAAGCAUCUUGCACAGAUUCUUUCGGUAGCAGUGAAUAAAGAAUUGGAAUUUGGUUGGGCCAUAGGUAACAGUGCAAUUGUAAUAAGGCAUGGAUUGCCACAAACUCACAGUGUGAAAUACGAAUGGUUGAGGGUUAAAAUGAGAUGGUCUCAUCAUAGCCUUUUAACUUAGUUCUUGUUGAAGAUGGGCAGUUCUUCCACUUCUAUCACAACUGAGUUUUGACUCGGUUUGUAUUCUCUCUUUUCAAGCGGGUUUAUUUUCUCUGCAUAGUUGUGUGAACAGCAAAACAGUUUAAAAAUAAUAAACAUAGAACCAAGAAAACAGAAAUGCUCUCCUUUUAUUUUAGAACCUAAAUUUAUGUUUAAAAGCUUACUUCCCAUGCCAGGGAUUCAGGAUUCUUUUUGAAUGCCAUUAACCCCUUGUUUCAGUAAGGAAGUAAGUCACCAAUAAUGAUUGUUCAUUGGCUGUUAUUCAUAAAUGGCUAUCCUGCUUUAGAGGAAGAAAAUUUUAACUGCAAAUGUAUGAAAAGCAAAUGUAGUGUUCAUCCUUAUUGUCACUUUGGAUUUGGAAAAUAUUUCACAACUAUGGCAGCAUCUUCAAAAUCUUGCUUUUUGAAAGCUGUAAUGAAGGAAAAGCUCCAAGUCUGAACAGGCACACAUUUUGAAACCAAAGAUACUUGAAGGAUUCUGCAACAGACUGUUGGCAAUGCCUUCACUGUAGUUCAGAAGUAGCCAGAAAUCAUGAACCUAAUGAGGAGCUUAUCCUCUUUUAUGAACCAGAAAAGGAGAUGGGAAUGUUGUGAUUUUAAACAAAUCAUGGUUUCCUUUGAUAUCUGAACUUGAGGAACCGUGGUGAGAACAAGCCAGGAUCUGAAAGCAGGGUUUGAUUCUGGAUUCUUUUCACUAAUCAUAGUUUAAAGAAGGCGCAGUUCCUCGAGUUCUGAUGUCUAAGGAAAUAGAUUUGGCUAAAAUCGGAAGCAGGAGCAUUCAAGAGGAGGAGAAGGGGAGGAAUUGUCUUCAGGACCAAGACUCGCUGUGGCUUGUUAAUGCACCAGAAUUCCGUGGCUACGUCUUACAUUUGAAGGCCUUAUUCUGCAAAGCAGUUUAAAGGUCCCAUCUACCCCUCUUCAAUAUGAUCCAGUACUUAGAAGGCCCCCCUCUCAGGUGUUUCCCUCCAUGUCAUAGUAAUCAAAUGGAGGAAGAAAAUGGAGCCUUACCAGCUAGCCUCACUUUUGUAGCCUUGGCCUGCUAUGUGUGGCCAGUGGAGCUGCAGGAUAAGGGCCACGGCCCUGCGUUCCUCCUCUACAGAAUUAUAGAAUCUGAUUUUCUUAACUGCGGGCACAAUCUACCAAUACCUUUCUCCUACAUAAGCUCCACGGCAACGAACAGAAGCUUGACAGAAGUACCUUUGUAAUAUUCUUCCUUUACCUCCGAGGCAUUCCCAGUAGAGAGAGAUCUUUAAUGAUGGACAUUUUUCAUUAUCUGAAUCUCGCCCACAAAAGGACUAAUUGAUACAGGAGAUGCAUUUGAAGUAACCAUGGCCACAAAGUGGCUUUCAGAUUGGUGAUUUGCCAUUCAGGUUUACAAGCCUGGGAAACUUGAAGCGAUAGCCGCCGAGCUGUCUCAUCCCAUCCCAAAAUAUGAGCCGUCAGUUUUAAGUUAUUGUUUAGUCAACUAAUUCAAACACCGGCAGAUUUAAGAUCUUACGCUGAUUGUAGUGAACAACAGAAUUAGCCUGAAACAUCCAGCUUCAUUGUGGCCACGGAAGGCGUUUCUCCAGGGGACGAGCCUAAAUUGUAGUUAAAACUUAACUAGUUUUAUUUUGAGUCAUGAACGCAUGCAGUGAAUAUGAAAAUUUUCUUAACCUGCCUUAAAAAAUUGGGAAUAUAAGAAUCUGUCUUUUUUUCAUUACUUUGAUGCUGUGUAGCUGUAAAAUUAAGAUUGAGAAUCUUCUCUGUAGAGGAAUAUCUCAUUUAAUCAUUUCUAAACAUUUCUUGGAUUAUAUUCUGCAAGACGUACAGUAAAUUAAUUUUUGGGCAGGAUGCUUAUCAACAUAUACUUUUGCUUUUUUUAAGGGGUCUGUUUGCUCAAGUCAUGGUUAAUAUUCAAGGGGUUUUCAUGUGCUGGAAUUGAUUUCAGGGUGUUAACAAUAUUUGAUUGGAUUAUUUAAAAAAGGAUAGUUUAGCUAUCAUCUACUGAAUAGCAUGCUAUUAAUCUAGUUAAACAGGACUGGUGUUGGAAGCUUUUACUAGAAACAUUAAAUGUUUAAAAAAUUGGUUGACUUUCUACACUUUAUGAGCCUUAAUAACAAUAACAUAUUGCUUAAAUCACAAUGCCAUUUACAAUAACAAUCAUUUCUGAUAACAACCUUUCUUGCUUUACUUCUGAAACAUUGUACAUUAAUGUUUUUAAGAAUGUUAGAAUUUAGAAUAUUUGGUAUUUAAUAAACUUUUCAAACAGGUUGAGUACCAUA